AAUGACAAAACCACGCAACCGACGGCGACAGGUGUGAACCUCAAGUUUGACCAUCGGAGUGUGGUAGGAACGAUCAAGGUGAGUUCUGAAUCUGGACUGAACCAGAGUCUAUGCCUACUUCCUAAUUCUCGGGCUGCCGCGUCGUUUGUGUUAUUGGUUCGAUGCUCAGAGAACCUCUCGUUGACUAGAUCCUUUUCAACUUUAAACCAAACACACACACACACACACAAAGUUGAUCAAAUCAUACUUCGGCGCUCUCUUCUCAUCUGAAAUCUCUCUGGUCUCGUCUAUCGAACCAUAUAAUCUCAAACACAGCCAACACACUAGAAUCAAGAUGGAAACAUCAGGUUCCGCAUCCGCAAACGUGGAAGAGCUCUUCUCCGUCAAGGGCCUCGUCGCCCUCAUCACGGGGGGCGGCACAGGAAUCGGCCUCAUGAUGGCGCGGGCCCUGGCGGCGGCCGGCGCGGCGCGCGUGUAUAUUGUCGGCCGGCGGGUCGAUGUGCUCCAGGCGGCGGCCAACUCGAUCAACCGGCCCUCGGUCGUCGUGCCGCUGUACUGCGACGUCACGUCCAAGAUCAGCCUCGAGAGCGUCGUGUCGGUCGUCGAGACCGACGUCGGGCACCUGGACCUGCUGGUCUGCAACGCGGGCAUCGGCGGGCCGCAGGUCAAGCCGCCGGUUAAGGGGGUGACCUCGCUCGAGGAGUGGCGAGACGCACAGAUGGCGGUACGUGUAGAAGAUUUCACAAACACGUUUGCAGUGAAUAGCACCAGCGUGUGGUUUACAACCAUGGCGUUCCUCAAGCUGCUGGAUGCGGGGAACAAGAAGGGCCGCGGCGCGGGAGGGGUGACCAGCCAGGUGGUGGUGACGAGCAGCAUUGGUGGGUUUAAUAAGGCUGCGCCUGGGGGAUGGGCGUACGGGGCUAGCAAAGCGGCGGCGACGCAUAUUGCCAAAAUGCUAAGUGUGGUCUUGCCAACUUGGGGGAUUCGGGCCAACUGUCUCUGUCCCGGGUUGUUUCCGAGCGAAAUGGCUGCACCCAUUGUUAAAGCGGCAGGUGGUUCCAUGGUUGGAGACGGCAUCAUCCCCCUGGACAAAAGUGUUGUCCCUCUUGGCCGUAUGGGCGACGAGGCAGACAUGGCUGGUCAGAUCCUGUAUCUAGCGUCGCGGGCUGGCGCAUACUUGAACGGAAAUACCAUUGUGGCUGACGGCGGGCGGCUUGGGACGUUCCCCAGCACGGGGUACUGAUAGGGAGGACGUUCUCACUGGGAGAGUGGCUUAUCGA